AUGAAGUAUACAUCCAUUCUUCUAAUAUUAUAUUCAUGGUGCUCAAUUAUACAUGCAUUUACACCUGAGAUAUCAGUCACUGAAUCCGACUCCAUUUCCAGAUUGAUAAGGUAUUUCGAUGAUUCAUCAAACAUUUUGAUCUUGAGGGACAGAAAGGCAUUAAUCUCCUUUGAUGAUGGAAAGCUGUUUGAUCCAGUAAAAGGCAUUGAAGAGGCCGUAGUGAGCAUUCAUUUUGAUCCCUUUGUUAAAAGCCGAGCAUUUAUCUUGACAAUGACCAAACAUCAUUACAUGACAAAUGAUAAAGGUGAGUCUUGGUCAAAAUUCACAUCUGACGUAUACGAGUUCGAUGGUAAUGGAAUGGCAUCAGAACUGAAGUUAGAAUUUAAUGCUGCCGAUCCAAACUUGAUACUUAUGUCGAAUUACCAGUGUCCUGAUGAGGAAUACAAUCAUAAAUGUGAGCAUGUCUUUCACUACACAAGAGAUGGUUUUAAAACAGCAUCCAAGAAAUUACCAAUCAAUGCUCACGUUUGUAGGUUCUCAAGAGCUACUAAGGAAUCUGAAAUUGCAAACACGGAAACUAUUUAUUGCUCCGAAAAUGAACUUAACUCUUACAAACACAUUGUCAAAUCUCGUCUUUAUAAGUCUGACGACUUUUUUAAAAAUAGAAAGGAGUUUGAUUUAACAGAGACUGGGAAUGGAGCAAUAAUAGACAUCAAGGUUGAAGAGAAUUUCAUGACCGUGGUUAUGAGAAACGACAAGUUCAAUGAAAAAUCAAAAGUGGACAUGUAUGUGUCCAAAGAUGGGAAAGAUUUCCUCAAAGCCGAUUUACAAGUUGAUUUAAAAUACGGUGUGAUGUCAUUUCAUUCCUCGUCGCCGUCAUCCCUAUUUCUUCUGACUAUGGCAUAUGGAAGAGGUCUUUCCCGCGCUUCAAAGUUGUUUAGAUCGGACUCAUUGGGGUUGCAUUUCACCGAAGUUCUUGAUAACAUAGCCAGCGAUGUUGUGUUGAAAGUGGAAAACAUCGACGGAGCUUGGCUCGCUGAUAUUCAAGUUGAAAGUGAAGAAGACGAACCAAAGUCACUUUUGGAUAUAAUUUUUGGUGGUGGUAAAUCAAAAGAUUUGAUUACUAAAUACUCCUACAAUGACGGUGAUGAUUGGGUUCCUCUCAAACUGAAUAGUGAUGAUUGCAAACUUGAAGAUGGGUGUUCGGUACAUUUGUGGUCAUUUAGUGAACUUGGUGGUAAAGGAAAAUUCAUCACAGGACCUACACCAGGGAUUUUAGUCGGCGUGGGAACAGAGGGAAAACAUCUCAGCCAUGAUUUUAGUGAAAUGAAGACAUUUGUGUCUCGUGAUGGUGGGUAUUCUUGGGAUUUGGCAUUGGAAACAGCUUGUGUGUUUUCCUUUGGUGAUCAAGGAAAUGUCAUUAUAGCAAUGCCUUAUUCUGGAGUGAAGAAAACUGACCCGGUUAAUUACUUCCAUUACUCAUUAAACCAAGGUAAGGAUUGGGAAACAGUGGAGAUCAAAGAUGCAGUUUACAUUUUGGAUUUCGUUACCACUGUCGAUGGCUCGUCACGUAAGUUUUUAAUUCAUGGUAUCAAGCCAAACUUUCAUAACGGAGAAGAUAGAGAGUUAUUGUACCAUGUUGACUUUUCCAAGGCAUACAAUGGCAGAACAUGUAAAGAUUCUGAUUUUGAGGAAGUUUAUGCCAGACAGAUCCCUGAUAAUGUACGUCUUUGCGUUUAUGGUCACAAGGAAAAAUUUAGGAGAAGAAAACAAGAUGCCGAGUGUUUUGUCAAUAAAUUAUUUGAGGAUGUUCGGGUUUAUGAAGAGCCAUGUCAAUGUAUUGAGCAGGAUUUUGAAUGUGCAUUAGGAUUCAAGCCAAGUGGAAAAGGUGGCAACAAAUGCGUUCCUGACCCAAGGAUGAUUUCAAAAUUAUGUGAAUCGCAAUCAAAAGAUAUUCUUGAGAUUUAUGAUAAGUCAAAAAUCAAUGGAAAUUUAUGUGAAUUGAGAAACAAAAAAUUGGAGGACUUUGCAAGUAAGGAAAAACUCAAAUGUGCCGACUACUCUAAACCCAAAGAUGGUCCAAGUGGUGACACUCAGGAGAUAAAGGUUACAUCAAGUGAUUUUGAAGGAAAGUUGUCACAGUAUGCCUAUCUUGGUAACACCGAGAAUAAUAUUGCUGAUAAUGUUGUUAUGAAAACCAACGAGGAAAGUGUUUGGGUUUCGAACAAUGGUGGUGUUAGUUUUGUAAAAGCACCAAUCCAUGAUAAAAUUCUUGGUUUCUACACGGGAUCGAUUCCAGGUCAAAUUGCUCUUGUUUCAGAUUCAGAUGUUCUUUAUUACUCCCAGGAUGGGGGUGAAACAUUUCUUAAAUUCGGGACGCCAAACAAGUUUGUACCUGUUGUAAAAAAAACAGUGGCAUUCCAUAAAACUGAUGCAUCUAAGUACUUGUGGCUUGGUGGAAAUUGCGAUAGCGGCGAUAGCAAUUGUAAAGCAUCAGCAUAUAUGACUUCCAACUAUGGCGAAUCAUUUAAAAACAUUUUGGAUCAAGUUGUUUCUUGUGACUAUGUUGGCCCUUUCUUUAAGAAACCAGUUGAGAACUUGAUCUUUUGUACUAAAAUGGAAAGUGAUGGCAAGAAAAGUUUGUACUCCAUUGAUGGGCUGAAGAGUGCCCAGAAGAUCUAUGACGACGUUGUUGGUUAUGCUGUUUCAGACAAAUAUGUUGUGGCUGCCGUUGUAAAAGAUGGAUCACUUGAGGCUAAAGUCACUGUUGAUGGUAAAAUCUUUGCUGAUGCUGAUUUUCCAAAAGAUCUCAAAGUUGAACCCCAUCAAGCUUAUACUGUUUUGGAUUCAAGUUCAGGAUCAAUCUUUAUGCAUGUUACCACUAGUUCACAAAAUGGAUUUGAAUAUGGUUCAUUGUUGAAAUCAAACUCCAAUGGUACUUACUUUGUCUUAGCAUUGGAUAACGUGAAUCGAAAUGAAGAUGGAUUUGUUGAUUUUGAUCGAAUUGAUGGAUUGGAAGGUACUAUAUUGGCAAACAUUGUUUCGAAUUAUAAAGACGGAAAGGGACCUAAGAAAUUACAAACUCUCAUUUCGAGAAAUGACGGUAGUGAAUGGGAUUACUUGGUUCCACCAACAGUUGAUUCAAACGGUGAAAAGUAUGGAUGUAUUGGAUCUUCACUUGAGAAUUGUGCUUUACAUUUACAUGGAUUCACCGAGCGUGCUGAUUAUAGAGACACUUAUUCUUCUGGUUCAGCAAUCGGGUUCUUGAUUGGGGUCGGCAAUGUUGGAGAGUACUUGAGUGAUAUUGCUUCUGCCUCAACUUUCUUGAGUACUGAUGGCGGUGUAACUUGGAGAGAAGUGAAGAAGGGUGUUUAUCAAUGGGAAUACGGUGAUCAAGGUACCAUUUUGGUAUUAGUUGAUGGAGUUGGUGAAACAGAUAAAUUCUUUUACUCAUUAGAUGAAGGCAAAAACUGGAACGAGUACAAAUUUGCCGAUAAGCCAGUCAAAAUACUUGACCUCGCAACCGUCCCUACUGACACAUCAAGAAAAUUUAUCAUAUUCGCUGAUCAUCCAAAAGAUACAAGAGAUACAUUAUCUUAUUCCAUUGAUUUCACAAACAUAUACAAACGUCAAUGUCAAUUAGAUCUCGAUCAUCCAGAUUCUGACGAUUAUGAAUAUUGGUCACCAUCACAUCCAAACACUGCCGACAAGUGUCUUUUCGGACACGAAUCGAAAUAUUUGCGUCGUGCAAUAGGACACCAUGAUUGUUUUAUUGGUGGUGCUCCCUUAACUGAAGGUUAUAAAGUAACCAAAAAUUGUUCAUGUACGAGACGUGAUUAUGAAUGUGAUUACAACUAUUACAGAGAUACUAAAGAUAACACAUGUAAAUUGGUUGCUGGUUUGUCUUCAAAUGAUCGCAAGAAGGAUAUGUGUAGUAAACCUGGUGCAUUCCAAUAUUUCGAUAGCACGGGGUAUAGGAAAAUCCCACUUUCUACAUGUGAAGGGGGUAAACAAUAUGACACAUAUAGUCCACACGCAUGUCCAGGGAAAGAAAAAGAAUUUAAUGAAUUUUAUGGGCGUGAGGUCAAAGGCAGCAAAUUAUUUUUCGUCAUUUUGAUCCCGUUAAUCGUAUUCAUUGGAGCCACUUGGUUUGUUUAUGAUCGUGGAGUUAGACGUAAUGGUGGGUUUGAAAGAUUAGGACAAAUUCGAUUAAAUGAUCAAGAUUUCGACGAUGGGUUUAACCCAAUUGAAAAUAAUCAAGUUGAUGCCGUUGUCAAUAAAAUUGUGAAAGGUGGGGUCUAUACUGCUGCUGUCAUUUUUGCCACUUUUAAAACAGUGCAAAAAGUUGAUCGAAUGGUUUUGGAAAAAAUUGGAAAUGUUGUAUUUAGACGUAACCCGGGUGCUAGAAAUUAUGUUUCUAUUCCUGAUGAAGAUGAUGAUUUGUUUGGUGAUUUUGAUGAUAAUGUCGAUGAAGAAUUGGCGCAGGGGGCAAGAUUAAGUCAGGAGCAAUAUGAUCGUGAUGUUUUUACUGAUGAUUUUGUAUAUGAUGAUGAUUUGGAGGAUCUUGGGUCGAAUGUUGAUAUUGGUGCCAAUGGUAGUAGAAGCGAGGAAGGUGGUGAUGAUGAUCAUGAUAAGAAGUCAAAGGCUUCGGAUAAUGAGAGGCUUUUUGAUAUUGAAGAUGAAGAUGAUAUUGAUGAUAGAGUAUCGUCGAAAGGUGAUGAUGAAUCUGGUUCGAAGUAA